AUGAAGGCCACGGCUGUCAUCCUUGCCCUGAUUUUCGGUGGUGUUUCAGCCCAUCUGUUGCAGAAUGAUUCUCACCAUCGUCAAUUUACACGUCGCAAGCUUCCCGCUGGUGAGGCAGCUUAUGAGUCUAUGACGGACCCCUCCCAAGAAUGCAAAUACUACGAGGCCCCCGAGAUUUCACAAAUGAACAAGAAUAACCUGCUUCCCAAGGUUGACAAAAUUGCCAACAUUGUUGAUGGUGACAAGGAAGCGAACUCAGUCUGGAGUGACAUUCAGUCAUCGGGUAUUAUUCCUGGCGACGUUAAAGUGAAGGCAGACUCGUCGAACGGUCAGCACAUGGGAGCUUCUUCUAAACAGUCUAAUUACAAAGACUCCGAGGAUCCAGACUGCUGGUGGACUGAUUCUGGUUGCACAAAGCCCAAGCACAAAAAUAUCCCCCAAGAUAUUGACACUUGCCCCGAGCCGAAUACCUACGGUUUGACUUUCGACGAUGGGCCUAACUGCACCCAUAAUGCCUUUUACGACUACCUAAAAGAGAAGAAGCUCAAGGCUACUAUGUUCUACAUCGGCUCGAACGUGGCUACCUUGCCCUACCAGGCCCAACGUGCUAUCACCGAUGGACACGAUGUCUGUGUUCAUACUUGGUCCCAUCGCUACAUGACAACUCUCUCGAAUGAGCAAGUCUUUGCUGAGCUGUUCUACACGAUCCGCGUAAUCAAGGCUGUUCUGGGCGUGACGCCUACGUGCUGGCGCCCUCCGUUUGGCGAUGUGGAUGACCGCGUGCGUGCAAUCGCAGCAGGUCUGGGACUUACCACGAUUAUUUGGAAUCAGGACUCGAAUGACUGGGAUAUUCAGCCAUACGGCUCCUCGUCUCCCAGUACGAUUUCGUCCAACUAUGACAAAAUUAUCAAGAAGGGCGGUCAAGAAAGUGUUAUUGUAUUGUCACACGAAUUGUACAAUGAAACCAUGCAGAUGUUCAUCAACAAGCAACCUGAGAUUUCACAGGCUUUUAAGAAUACCGUGCCUAUUUCAGCGUGUUACAAUAUUACGAAGCCCUAUCUUGAGACGGGUAUUACAUAUCCCAACUUUAACGACUUUAUUGCCGGCAAUGCCAACUAUCAGGGCCUCCCCGACGGAAACUCGAUCAAGAUUGAUCCAAAUGUGAAACUCAACUUGAGCCCUGUCUCGAAGCAGUCCAAUGGCUUUGCGAAUCCAGGAAGUUCUAGCGGCUCUUCUGGAUCGUCAGGAAAUCAAUCUAACUCUGCCGACGAUACAAGCGGCACUAGUGGUGGCGGUGGCGGCUUGUUGAUUGCUGCCUUGUCGGCUACGUAUGCGUCUGCCGCUCUUCACGGCAAUGCUGAGCGCACUCACUUCCGUCUCUCGCGUCGUGAAGCUACCAGUGCUGCCGAUGCGGCGAAGAUGUCCGACCCGACUCAGGAAUGCGCCAAGUACGGUGAUCAAGCUGUGACCCAAAUGAUGGGUAAGACCCUUCCUAAGGACAACAACCCUGCUACCAUUCUGCAAGGCGAUGAUCAAGCUAACCAGGUUUGGCAAGAUAUUCAAAAUUCUGGGAUCAUCCCAAGCAACGUGAAGGUGAAGCCGGCGGACAACUCUGGUGGUCCGAACAUGGGUGUUAAGAACACUGACUAUGACGCUUCAUCGGACCCUGAUUGCUGGUGGACUGCUAGCAAGUGUGUAAAACCCAAGGCUAAGAACAUUCCCACUGAUUUGAGCACUUGUCCUGAGCCAAGCACGUGGGGUCUGAGCUUUGAUGAUGGUCCUAACUGCUCUCACAACGCUUUCUACGACUUCCUUGAAUCUAAGAAGCUGAAGGCUACCAUGUUCUUCAUCGGUAUUAAUGUUGCCAACUGGCCUUACCAGGCCCAGCGUGCUCUUACGGAUGGUCAUGAGGUUUGUGUUCAUACCUGGUCCCACCAUUAUAUGACCACCUUCGAGAACGAGCAGGUUUUUGCUGAACUGUUUUACACUCUGCGUGCUAUCAAGACUGUUCUGGGUGUGACGCCCACUUGCUGGCGCCCUCCGUUCGGUGAUGUCGAUGACCGUGUGCGUGCUAUUGCUGCUGGUCUUGGUCUCCGCACGAUUUUGUGGCAAGAAGACACUCAAGACUGGGAUGUUGUGAACGUGGGUCAACAGAAGGUUGAACAAAACUACCAGAGCAUUAUCGACAAGGGGGGCAACGAGAGCCCGAUUGUCUUGACGCAUGAGCUUACGAACCAAACCAUGCAGACGUUCGUUGAUGAAUAUCCUAAGAUUGAGCAGAAGUACAAGAACGUUGUGCCUAUCACUGCUUGCCAGAAUGUCUCGAACCCUUACGCUGAGGACAUCAAGUAUCCUGGCUUUUCGGACUUUGUUGACGGCAAGCGUGCUACGGGUUUGCCUGACAUUAACUCUAUCAAGGCGACUGCAAACCCUAAGUUCGAUGUCGUUCCGUUGGCUAAGCAGAAGCAAGGCUUCGCUAACCCCGGUCAAGGCUCCGGCUCCGGCUCCGGCUCCGGCUCGUCUAACAGUGACUUGAGCGGUAGUGGCUCAAACGACAAGAAUGCAGCUGGAAUAGUUGCUUCACCCGCCAAGGCAAUGAUCACUGCAGUGCUGGCUGCUGCUGCGGUUGGCGCCGUUGUCCUUCUUUAA